CCCCCACCACCACCAACGAAAGCUCGUCCCUUCGCCCCCCUUCGCCCAGCCGCCCACCCCCCGAGUCAACAACCCCGCCAGCUGGGCACCAACCACUAACCACCCAUUGUCUCACCCAACUCCUCUUUUUGUCGACGUCAUUCCACAAUAUGGGCCUCUUCUCCCGCAGAGACAAACCCCCCAAGGUGUCGGCAGCACCCAUCAACCACUCCGACCUGAGCAUCGACUCCGGUGUCUCGAGCCUCAAGUCUCCUCCUGCCACCAUCCGCAGUUCUACCACCACCGGAGGCCCAGGUCCUUUCUCCCCCGUUCCCGUCUCCCUCACCAAGAUGGACCUACCGCGCCCGCCUGACCCUCAGCUCGACCCAGUCGGUUACCUUCGUAGCUUGGGCGCCGUUCGUGAGAGGAGCAAGAUCAUACUCGACAAGGCGCUGCGCAACGAGUUGAACCACUUUGACGUCGACCUGACCAAGUUUCCCGAUGUCGUGAGCUUCGUUUCUGGUAUCAUCAAGCGCGACUACGAUGCCCCUUUUAACACUAUCCCGCCCCACGGCCGAUACCAGCAUUUCUGCGUCGGCGGACGUGACCGUAUCGCCCACUUGCUGUCCACCUUCCCCGAAGAAGUCGACAACACGGAAAAAUGCCGUCGUAUGAUUGACCUCUUCCUGGUCAGCGUCCUACUGGAUGCUGGUGCUGGCACGCAAUGGAGCUACAAGAGCGCAGAAAACGGCCGCCUUUAUCGUCGGUCAGAAGGCAUUGCCGUUGCCAGUCUGGAAAUGUUCAAAUCCGGCCUCUUUUCAGGUGAUAGCAGCAACAAGUUUCAGGUAGACAAGAACGGUCUUCGUAACCUCACGUCCGAAAAAGUCGCCGCUGGCUUGCAGUCGCGGCCGGGCAACGAGAUGACGGGAAUCGAAGGCCGUACCCAGCUCCUGGUCAGACUCGCCGAUGCUCUCAACGACAAGAAGGAGUAUUUCGGUCAAGAGGGACGGCCAGGUCACAUGGUUGACUACCUCCUAUCUCAUCCCUCGACCCAGGCAUCGUCCAUGCCCAUCGUAGCCAUCACCACCCUAUGGCACGUCCUCAUGGACGGCCUCUCGCCCAUCUGGCCUCCUUCCCGCACUGCCAUCAACGGCGUCCCGUUAGGCGACGCCUGGCCGUGCUCCACCAUGCCGCAACCCGCGUCGCGCCAUUCCUCAUCAGGCUCUGCCUCCUCCCAAACCGGCGCCCUAUCCCCCUUCCCGCCUUCCACGACCGCUCCAUGGGAAUCCAUCCUCCCCUUCCACAAGCUCUCGCAAUGGCUCUGCUACAGCCUGAUGCAGCCCCUGCAGUCCCUCCUGCGCGUACACUUCGCCGGCGCCGAGCUCCUGACCGGCCUCCCCGAGUACCGCAACGGCGGCCUCUUCAUCGACACGGGCGUCCUGACCCUCAAGCCCGCCGACGCCGAGCGCGGCCUCCAGAACUACGCCGCACACUACGACCGCACCGGCGUCCGCGGCGUCGAGGUCGCCCCCAUGUUCGAACCGUCCGACGACGUCAUCGUCGAGUGGCGCGGCGUCACCGUCGGUCUGCUCGACAAGCUCCUCGUCGAGGUCAACCAGUACCUCGCCCCCGAGUUGGCCGGGAACGAGUUGACGCUGGCCCAGCUUCUCGAGGCGGGUAGCUGGAAGGGCGGGAGGGAGAUUGCCGAGGUCAGCAGGCCCAAUACAAAGGAGCCGCCUAUUCUCAUUGAUAGCGAUGGUACGGUAUUUUAGACUGGACAAGCUCUUUUUUUUCUUUUCUUUUUCUUUUUCAUUGUUCACUUCUUUUUCCGUCCGUCCUACUUCAUCUUCUUCUUUUCUUCGUUCUCCUUCGUUUCAACAGAGGAGCAUUGAGCAUUUUUCUCAGACUGUAUUCUCUCGCCGGGCUGCGGUUUUCGGUUCUUUUUCCCUCC